AAGACUCACCUGGAGUUUGCAGGAAUAACCGUGUUGCGCUCUGAAAAGAAGAUGAAGGAAUUCCGAAGUAGUAUUUUCAGAUUCAUAGUUGAGCAAAAUAUACUUUGACGGAGCUACAAUGUACACAUCCGAACGCAGGCGAAUGAGCCUGCACGAGAUUAAAAGAAAAGAUCCUGUUAGGGUUUCGGCUGGAAGUCUAUGGCAGGACCCUUUGGCAAUUGAACUCAGUAACACCUCGGGUAAAAAUAUAAUUUCGCCUCGAAGUCGGACGAGGGCACUGGCUGUUGUCUACAUUGUCGUUGAACAUGCUUCAGUACCUCAAACAGAAGAAAAUCUUUCGCUAAAAUGCCUUAAGGAGGCGUGUGCUGACUCACAUGCUGUGUUGAAAACUAUUCCUUUUGAGAGAAUAGCACUGGGGACAACUGAUGUUUUGGACAGCUUUUACAAUGCAGAUGUUGCAGUGGUGGAGAUGAGUGAUUCAUUUUGUCAGCCUUCUCUUUUCUACCACCUGGGCGUGAGGGAGAGUUUCAACAUGACAAACAACAUCAUUCUGUAUUGCAAUAAGCAGGAGAAUGACCUGCAAGCCCUCAAGGAGCAGUGUGGGAGCUACACCUUCAUCCCAUACAUGGUGUCCCCCCAGGGGAAGGUGUUUGCCAGUGAUGCCUCCACUAUGAAGGGGAUCCAAGAGCUCAUGCAGCCCAGCUUCAAGCUGGAACCACUGCUCACUCCUCUGGUGGACAGACUGGUCCAGUUGCUGGAGAACGUCCAAAUCCACUCCAGUGAGUACUUCCGGGAGUCGAUCCGACGUGAGAUCCGUCUGGCCCGUGAGCGCUUCACCGGCCAGGACCUGAGUCAGGAGCUGGGCCGCAUCCAGAAGAGGCUGGACACCGUCGAGCUCCUGACGCCCGAUGUCGUCGUCAACUUGCUGCUCUCCUACAGAGAUGUCCAGGACUACGAUGCCAUAAUCAAACUGGUGGAAACCCUGAAUACCCUCCCAACGUGUCAAGUGGCGGCUCAGCAAAACAUUCAGUUUCAUUACAUAUUUGCACUCAACAGGAGGAAUCGUCCAGGCGACCGUGCCAAGGCCCUCUCUGUCAUUCUGCCCAUUGUGGAGUCAGGGAACAAGGUGGCGUCGGACGUGCACUGUUUGUGUGGACGCGUCUACAAAGACAUGUUCAUGAGCUCGGGAUUCACCAACAAAUUCAGCCGGGACCAGGCUUGCUACUGGUAUGGGCGAGCAUUUGAGGCUGAGCCCACAUUGCACUCGGGCAUCAACAGCGUGGUGCUCCUGAUGGCUGCAGGUCACCAGUACGACACGUCUGCUGAGCUGCGCAAGAUCGGUGUAACACUAAGCAGUCUACUGGGCAGGAAAGGGAGUUUGGAGAAGAUGCAGAACUACUGGGAUGUGGGUUUCUACCUCGGGGCGAGCAUCCUCACCAAUGAGCACAAGAAGGUCAUCGAGGCCUCUGAGAAGCUUUAUCGCCUCAAGGCGCCAAUUUGGUUUGUGGCGUCAAUUAUGGAGACGUUCAUCCUGUACAAACAGUUUUCCAAACCUCCGGAGGUCAGACAUCCAAAGCAGGAGACGGUGGACUUCUGGAUGGAGCUGAUGGUCCAGGCCUGCAAGCCCACAGUGUCCACCGCCCGCUGCCCUGUUCUGAUUCUGGAGCCCAGUAAGGUGUUCCAGCCCACCAUCGUCAGUGUGAGCGAGGAGGACGCCAGCCGCACCGUGCAGUUGCAGCAUGUCACCCCCAUGACGAAAGGUCUCCAUGAAUGGACUUUCCCAGCAUCUGAAAUCAGGGGAGUAAGUGUUUCCAAGUUCGAUGAGCGGAACUGCUUCCUCUACGUUCACUACAACUCGGAUGACUUCCAGCUGUGUUUUCCCAGCGACGCACAUUGUAAAGGGUUCUGCGAGCUGGUGAACUCGCUGCGGGAGCAAGCCAUCGCUCCUGUGGAGGAGCCCUGUCCUCUGAGCGGAGGGGUGCUGGAGUACAUCUAUGAGACGAGUGAAAAUGGUGACAAAGUGGUUCUGGGCAAAGGGACAUAUGGCGUUGUGUAUGCUGGCAGAGACCUGAGCAACCAGGUGCGCAUCGCCAUUAAAGAGAUCCCCGAAAAGGACAGCACGUAUUCUCAGCCCCUGCAUGAGGAGAUAGCCCUGCACAAGCGGCUGAAGCACAGGAACAUAGUGCAGUAUCUGGGCUCCGUCAGCGAGGACGGCUACAUCAAGAUAUUCAUGGAGGAGGUACCGGGAGGAAGCUUGUCCUCCCUCUUGCGGUCGAAGUGGGGGCCUCUAAAGGACAACGAGGCCACCGUAGUGUUCUACACCAAGCAAAUCCUGGAGGGGCUCAAGUACCUGCAUGAUAACCAGAUAGUGCAUAGAGACAUCAAGGGGGAUAAUGUCCUCAUUAACACAUACAGUGGAGUUCUGAAGAUCUCUGACUUUGGGACUUCCAAACGGCUCGCUGGCAUUAACCCCUGCACAGAAACAUUUACAGGAACCCUACAGUACAUGGCUCCAGAGAUCAUAGACCAGGGGCCGCGGGGUUACGGCAAGCCUGCUGACAUCUGGUCCUUGGGCUGCACCAUCAUCGAGAUGGCCACAGGGAAACCCCCCUUUCACGAGCUGGGCAGUCCGCAGGCUGCCAUGUUUAAGGUCGGCAUGUUUAAGAUCCACCCGAAGGUGCCAGAGUGCAUGUCCGACGAGGCCAAAGGGUUCAUCAUGUGCUGCUUUGAGCCUGAACCGGACAAGCGAUCCACGGCCUCCGAGCUGCUGAAGGACACCUUCCUCAAGGCCGGCCCCCGCAGGAGAGCCAAACAGGAGCCUGUCCAGAGGGACACCACAGACUACCACCGGAGUAUGUCGGUGCCCAUCACGGUGUAUGUGGAGGACGUGGACGCAGACCCCUUCGAUCUGUCCUGCUCUCUGGACAUGCGGCGGACCACGUCCGUCAUCAGGAUGGACGACAUCGCCGAGAGCCCGCCCAGCACCAACAGCUUCCUCCCGGUGCCGGAGGAGCCGUCGGGCGAUCUGAGUAGCCCGUCCGGUACCGGGGAGAACCUGGGCCUGUUCCUGCUGCGGAAGGACAGCGAGAGGAGGGCCACGCUGCACCGGGUCCUGACCGAGUACAUCGACAGCGUGGUGCGCAACGUGCAGGACUCACUGCCCAAGUCUGAUGAUCCAUCCUUCACUGCGGAGCACAUCUCGGAGCUGAUUGGCUGUUUGAGGGAGAACAUCCGUUCACCCGACAAGAAGCACCUGACCAACAGCCUGCUGAAGCUGCGCAGCACCCUGCUCAACGCUGCAGUACCCCUCACCCUCCUGCAGACGGUGCUCUUCAGCUUCCAAGAUGCUGUGAAGAAGGUGUUGCGGCAGCAGCAGGUGAAGCCUCACUGGAUGUUUGCCCUCGACAACCUCCUGAGGCAGGCUGUGCAGGAUGCCAUCACCGUGCUCCUGCCAGAGCUAAAGGUGCAGCUGCAGUCUUCCUUCGAGGUGGACGAGCGAAGCGAAUCCCCUGAGCUGGAGCCCCAGACCCCCACCAACGCAGACGCCCAGCAGGACCUGCCGUGCUCCCUCUCGCCGCCCCAGGAUGAGGAGCAGCCCGCGGGGGAGGAGACGACCAGCGCCUGCCUCCUCACCGAGCUCCAGGAGGACAGCUCUCCUCUGGCCAGAGAGCUCAGCCAGCUCAGGCUGGAGACCAGGAGACUGCUGACCCUGCUGGGUGAGAAGGAGCGGGAGUAUCAGCUGCUCCUGAGGGACACCGUGGAGAAUAAGCAGAAGCAGAUCGACACCAUCAGAGACGGCCAGACGGCCCCCUCCUCAGAGAAAGGUUCUGAGAGCAGCGGACUUGUUCGCUGGUUGAAAUGCAUACCUGUGGACCAGAACAGCAUAGAUACGCUUGUGUCCCACAAGUUCACACUGGAUAGUCUGCUCCAAAUAGCUUCCAGAGAUGACCUCAAGUAUUGCAACUUAAAGGGGGGCAUGCUGUGUCGGAUCUGGGCAGCUGUGUCUAAGCAAAGACAGUGUCGCCUCAGCACCCACACUGAGGAGGAGGAGGACGACAGCGUCUUCUGAACGCCAGCGUCCGCACCACGUCCUGCAGUGUCUGUGUUGGUGGUACUCGCUCAUCUACAUGCUUCUUGGCUGGUCCAGAAAGAAUGCUACGGGUCUGUUAAAAAACAAACAAACAAACAAACAAAAACACUGGGUCUCUUUUAUAUAGGGUGACACCCCCCUCUAAACAGUGGCCACACCAAGGCCUAGGUGAUGGUUUUCUGUAUGCUUAUUGGCCAGUCCAGUAGCAAUGACACGGGUCCAUUAAAAGAAACAAACACUCUGGGUCUCUUUUCACGAAUCAGAUUGAUUCAUUUUGUAUAAAUUGUUGUGGGGUCCUCCCUUUUGUAUUUGUGAGUGAAUGUGAUAGACUCCUGGGUCUUCAGUGAGGGAUGUAGUUGACAAUGGGCCUUGGAAAUAUCUGAACACUUGUUGUUGAUUAGAGUCAUAAGCUGUUUUCAGACAUAACUCGGGUGUUCAAACAUGAUCCUCACGCGCGGACAUUGCACAGCUGCAAUGGCUACCUGGAAAUACCUGGACUAAAUGUUCUGGGUGGAUGAACAGUAUUUAAAUCAAUACUAAUAAAGCCAGAGUUAUUGUUCUCAGCCAAGUGGUUGCAAAAACCCUGUCUUCAUAAAGGCUGUCACCACAAUCUGGCCACAUAUUAGCCUACAGUUAAAUUGUGACGCAAUGGUUGUUAUCUUGGCUCAUGCAAACAGACUUUGGUUUGUUUUUUAGCUGUGUUGACGUUGUGGAUGUACAUAACACAUAGGGUGAACAGCACAAUGGUUGUUCAUGGGAACUUCCCGUCUUUGCAAAUUUGCACCAGUCUGUCGUGAAUGAGCAUUAUUGAAUGAACUUGAUAACCUUAUAAACUAAGCCAAUGGGGACGCCAGCAGUUUGACAUGCAGCGUCAUCGCCACACCCCUAUGUCACACAUCACCACAUCACCCGUGCUUUAAACGCCUGCUGUGUUCAGAUAUACGUUUACCCAAUUGACCUGUGGACUUAGAGGGCUGGUAGUGUUAGACCCAGGUGAUUUCCAGGUAAAAAAUCAUUCUGUUGAGUGUUGACAUACUGUAUACUGCCAGCCUGUUUGAUUCCCGGAUCAUGUCAGGAGUCCAGUGUCUGUCUGAAAGGGGCUAUAGGAACUUCAGCAGACUUUUUGAUGGAAACUCUUUAGGGAACACUGCAAGAAGAGGGAUAUUUAUAUUUAUAUGUCUGACUUUUUCAAAGAAUGCGCUCUUACAUUUCUGAAGUUUGUGUAAUUGGAGUAAGAACAAUGUCUCAUGGUCAUGUCUGAUUUCACACACACACACACACACACACACACACACACACACACACACAUUUUGUUGUAGAUAUUGUCAAUUGUGUCUUUUCAGUCUCAAGUUAUAAUUCAUUACUCACUCGUUCAUUACAUGUUUUUGGUUAUAAUGUGUUUCACAAUAUUUUAUAUAAGAACAUUUUAUGUAUAGAAUAUGUUGGUGGAUGAGAUUUAUACUGUUUUAUUUGUUUUAUUGUUAUACAGACUUCUAUGCAAGCUACAGUAUGACACACAAAAGGGAUUGUAAGCGUUCACUUUGUGUGGAUGUGAAAUAAACGUAUGAUAUGUUAA